UCAUUAUAUAUUUCCUAUAUGUAGCUUUAUCUCGCGCUUAUCCACUUCGUUCCCCGUCCGUAACCCGAAGCCGCAACAAUGGAGUCUGCGUCGCUCACGUCACUCGGCAAUCCAUUCCCGUGCGCCUCCCAGUCUCCAAGAUGCCGGUGUCCAUCGGAGUCCAAGAAGAUCCGGUUGGCAUGCCGCAGGAGGGCUUCCUCUCUGAAGGCAACCUGUGGUCUCUCUAGGCGGAGGGCAGUUUCAGGGAUGGUGGUUCUUGGCGCAGCCGCCUCAUGCAUCGAUCCUCUUGCCGUCCCAUUGCCUGCGCAGGCAGCGGCGAUUCAGGAGCCUGACAUUAUCAGGUACCGGAAGCUGGACAGUGGAGUCAUACUCGAAGAUGUCGUCGAAGGGGAGGGACCUGAAGCACGGGAAGACGAUCUGGUGCAGUUCAACUAUGUCUGCCGCCGCGCAAAUGGUUAUUUCGUGCAUAGCACGGUGGACCAGUUCAGCGGUGAGAGCAAUCCGGUGACGCUUCCACUAGGCGGAGAAGAGAUGAUUCGAGGCCUUAAAGAUGUCCUAAUCGGGAUGAAGGCUGGAGGCAAGAGGAGGGCUCUAAUUCCUCCUGAAGUUGGCUACAUCAGCGAGACCUUGAAGCCCAUACCAGAAGAGUUUGGACCACGGCGGAGUCUGCUGUCUCAUGCCAAGGAGCCACUAGUGUUUGAGGUUCAGUUGCUGAAGGUCCUGUGAUUCUGCAUUUCUGUCAUCGUAUCAUGAUAUCAUCAUCAUUCUUGGUCAAUGCAGACACAGUUCCAAGGGAAUCACAGAGUUCAUUCUGAACUUGAAUUUUCUACCAUGGAAAACGAAACCAGCAAGUUGAAUUAAUGAAAGAGUCAAAUAGCAGCCAUCCCAGCUUUUGUCAAAACAUCAGACCCUCUGGAUAGUUAUGCACUGUAACUUGAGAAGCGUAUUAAAAUUUUUCUGAACUUCCUCACGAACAUUUGCAAACACAUUCGCUAACUGCAAGUCAUCAUGGUUGCAGUGUUGCGCUGUGGAAUUCAAUGACCAGUUUUUUCC